AUGCAACCGGGAGGUCAAAGUCUUGUUGAUCGGUUGUUAGCAGCCAAAAAUACCAUUGCUGGUCAAGCUUUAGCAAAAACAGUGUGUAAAGCAACAACGGAAGAAAUAAUGGGACCAAAACGCAAACAUCUUGAUUUUUUAUUACAAGCCACGAAUGAAAUGAAUGUAUCUAUUCCGCAGUUGGCAGAUCUCUUGAUUGAACGUACUCAGAACUCUAGCUGGGUAGUGUCAUUCAAAUCAUUGGUAACCAUUCAUCAUUUGAUGUGCUUUGGAAAUGAGCGUUUCGAAGCAUAUAUGGCAUCGCAUAAUCAUCGUUUGCAACCGGCUGUUUAUCUUGAUCGAAUGGGAAUGCCGGGGCUCGAUAUGUCAUCGUAUAUUAAGCGUUAUGCAAGUUAUUUAAAUGAAAAACGCGAAUCAUAUAAAUUGAUGGGUUAUGAUUUUUGCAAAGUUAAGCGAGGAAAGGAUGACGGUGUGCUUCGAGUAAUGCCUACUGAAAAGUUGUUGAAAGGAUUGCCCAUUCUCCAACGUCAAUUAGACUCAUUACUCGAAUUUGAUGUAACGCCCAAUGAAUUAACAAACGGUGUUAUUAAUAGUUGUUUUUUUCUAUUAAUAAAAGACUUAAUACGUCUUUUUGCGGCAUUCAAUGAUGGAAUGAUUAACUUAUUGGAAAAAUAUUUUGAUAUGAAUAAAAAACAGUGUCGCGAAGCAUUAGAUAUUUAUAAAAAAUUUCUCGAACGAACGGAUAAAGUGUCAAAUUUUUUAAAAGUGGCUGAGCAGUUAAAACAUUUGGCAAUGAAAUUUUAA